AUGUGCCGGUACAAGCUACAUACCUGCCCCUAUCCUCAUCAGGAUCCAAUCGCUGCUCUCAUCUUCCUCCCUGACAAAGCUGGUGAAUGGGUACCCUGCGAUGAACCAAAGCCUUGGGGACGACUGAGCUGCGGCAAACUCGUCGUCAUGCAUCCAAGAAAUCCGGCCGAAGUGGAAUUCAACUCAUUAUUUCAACCGGCCCAUCAGCUCCUCGAAAAUCGCUCUGGGGAUCCAGCGGAGAAGGAAGACCUCAACUCCACGGAAAUUCCCGCUCUGAAAUCACAAUCUUACGCCGACACCAUCAUCCCCGCAGCUGGUGUAGAUGGGACAAAGGACGCAGAAGCGGCACGCAUUCAGCUGGCUACAUGCAAGUGGUGUACAGCAGUCGUCAAGUUGGUGGCUACAAAAUCCAAAGAGAAACAAGGCGAAGCACGUCAAGAGAUCGCGCAGUUGGAAAAGUUAAUGGAUGGCUGUCCCACACUGAGGCAGAUACAAAUGAAAGUGUUGCGGCUUGAGCGAGGUGUCGAGAGAUUGAGACACGAUGCUUGGGCUCUUACCAGAGCUUUGAUGGAUGGCACAGAGACGACAGCUGAAAUUGAGAAUCAAGCCCCUGCGAACAACGGUAUUCAUUAG